UAAAGUGUAAAAGUAAUGUUUUCAUAUUGAAGAGCUACAACGAUAACAACUUUUUUCACAGUCUAGAAUCUAGACUCUAGAUCCUGAUUUAUUUCGAAGAGCUUUAGUACUAGUACUAAGACAAUCUAGAUCUAGUCUAGCACUAUUUUAGGAUAUUUUUAAAAUUACAAACGCAGUUGAAUUUGAAAAUGUCCAAGAAAGGGAACAAAUGGGCACUAGUUGACCCUAGCCCUAGAGAUUUGAUAGUUUUUAUUUACAUCACUGGAAACUUCAUUUAGGCUAUAGGGAUGUCGUCCAGAGAGUCUGUCCUAAAUUACCCAGCUUCUCCGUCCAUCUCACAUGAAGAAUCUGUUCUAGAACAUUAUUUUGUACUGGUCAGUCAAGCCAACUACGACAAGGCCAAGGAACUGGUGGAUAAUGAAAAAGAUGGGCACAAGUUCAGCAACGCAGCCUUCUGGGGAGAAACUCUUCAGUGCCUGUCACAGCUGGCCAUAGCAGAGAAGAACUACAACAACCUUGUUUUCCUGGGACAGAAGAGGUUCACACAGAUUGUGCGCUCUAAAGAUAGUGCCAAGUCCAUUUACUCCAUGUUGUUGCAUGAGUUCCAGCGCAUGGAGAACUCUCUCUCCCCUGGUUCUCUGCCCUUAGAGUCAGGGGAGAGUAAGCCUGUCAAUGAGUCAGAUCAGUUACUUGCCCAUAUAAGUGGCCAGCUUUUCUUCUUCGUGCGCGCCAGGUUGAAGAUGAUAGAAUUCUACGAGCAGCUGUCCAGCCUGGGAGGGAUGAGGAACUGGAUGAGCUUUGAGGACCUGGUCAUGAUGGCUGAGGAGAUCAUGAAGGACCACAUGAAGGGCUUCCAUCAUCCCCUGGUGGCCUCGCUCAAAGCUGUCUUCAGCCUGGAGGUUGAAAGCCUGUGUCACCUGCUACACGCCCAGAUCCACAUCUCCACCUGGGACUACCUAGCCAGCGUUCUCCAGCUACACCUGGCGCACAGCAAACUCAACACCUGGGGCAAGAUGACCCCAGUCAAAGAGGUAAAAUCAUCAUUUGGCAGAACUUCUGGAAAAACCAGCCCAUUUCCCCCACUACAUGCCUGGUUGCUAAAACUUAAGGGAAUCCUUUUAUCAAAGUUUGGUUUCUAUUUCUAUCAUGUCCUGUCUAAGCAAACCAUCCCAGCAGAGAUGAAAGCAAAUCUCGCCAAAGCUCCAGAAGAUUUUUUUGGAAAGGUGCAAGCCUUUCAGAGAAAGUCAGACGCCACCAACAUCUACCUCAUCCUAGAGGCCAAAGGUCUGAGCAGUCGUGUGGGUGAGGGGGGUUACCACCACCCUAACAAGUACGCAGAGACCACCCAGGGGAUGGACACUUACCCCCCCAUAUUUUCAUACCCCAUGGAAAGAUCCAUCAAUGCCAUCCAUUGGCCUGCAUUGGUCAUGCUACUCAGCUCAACAGAAAACAGUUUUGAUAAACUCCAUUAUUUUUAUGACAAGCCCACAGAAAAGAGACCCUACAGCUCCUACUUCAUCACCCGCGUGGACGUGCGAAUCUGGCUGGUAGUUGUGUUUGAGAGCAAGAAGAACGAGAAGGACUCGGUCAUCAACACCUUCAUGACAGACCUCGCUGUCCAGCUGCGCUGCCAGAACUUCAUGUACAGCCUCAAGAGCUUUGCCAGGUCUUGACCUUCUCACCUCUGGAUUGGUUGAUCUUGUGACCUCUGGAUUUGACCUUGAUCUUGUGACCUCUGGAUUUGUUGAUCUUGUGACCUCUGGAUUUGACCUUGAUCUUGUGACCUCUGGAUUUGACCGUGAUCUU